GUGCCACUUUAUGAGCUGUGCGAGUGCUGAGCUUCUCCGGUCGGCCCUGACCAGCCUUCCCAGCGUGUGGUUGGGAAAAGCCUGCCUCAGUCUUCUGGGGCACUGACACCGCUGAGCGUUUGGGAGUGCUGUGUAAAUAUAGCCAAGACACGAUCCCCCACACUAGCCAUUCCACCAGCCCGUGGGCAGAAGCAGGGCUGUGAAGGGAGGAGGACGUCUGACAGCAGAUAUCGACUGGAUGUUGUCCUGGAAGCUCAUUUGCUGAGAGGGAAAUUAAGUUUUCAGAGAAAGAAGUGGAAAGGAAAGAGCGACAAGCUGCCCCUCCCCUCCUCCCUGCUUUUCUCUCUCUCUCAGCCACGCUCUCACAUCUUUCAGUGCUUUCCUCUGUGUGUCCCUCCACGCUGCAACCUGCUCUGACUGGGAGGACUGGGUGCUGCAGUCGUUUUUCUGCUUCACGUUUCUAGCACGACCUCUGAACCAAAAGCAGGACAAGAAAAAAUCCGACCAGACACAAGCAGCCCCCCCUGACUGGCGAAUCUGGAGUUGGGCAGCGGAGAGCGUACAUCGUUUGUUGACAAAAGGUUUCUGCUCUAGGAUUACCUUCCCUUUGACUGACACGUCCCCCGACCUCUGACCUGCGGCCUGGGAGCUCGGCGAACUGGUGGGGGCACAAGAUGGGUCAGCCUCAUCAUGAGCCAAUGAUGUGCUUGGAAUCGGUAAGGAUGAGAUCCAGAAAAAAUGCUGUGGAGAGUCCAACCAGUGGGCAAGCGAUCGCCCCCCAGCUGACCGGCGUCACCCGAGAAGAUGUGGACGAGAAUGUCCAGGGUUCCAAGAAAAGGAGAGUGAAACCCCGACAGGAGAAAGAGGAGGAGAACCUGUCAGCCAGGACGGCAAAAGGACCUCAGAAAAGCCCAGAGUCCGGGGUACAAAAACCAGGACUGAAGGAGCUUCCCAAAGAGGCCCUGCUGAAGCUGCUGGGAGUCAUGGAGGGCGAGGUGCAGGCGCGGGAUGACGUCAUUCACAUGCUGAAGUCGGAGCGGCUCCGCCCAGAGGCCCUGGAAGAGCAGUACGGCUCAGCGACUCCCUCCCGCGUCCUGCAGGCCCUGCAGCGGGACGGGCUAUUCACCAAGUCCCUCAGCGACGACGUGUACCAGCUGCCAAUGGUAAAGCUGGAUCACCUGGAGGAGAAGCACCGUGAGACGUAUCGGAGGAUGCUGGAGCAGCUGCUGAUAGCUGAGAAGUGCCACCGGCGCACCAUCCAUGAGCUGGACAAGGAGAAGCGCAAGCAUGUGGACUACAUGAACAAGAGUGACGACUUUACCAGCCUGCUGGAGCAGGACAGGGAGAGAUUAAAGAGGCUUCUGGAACAAGAAAAGGCAUGUCAGGCACGUAAAGACAAGGAUCACAAACAGCGACUGGAGAAGGUGAGAGAGGAACUGGCCAAACUGAAGUCCUUUGCCCUAAUGCUGGUGGAUGAGAGGCAAUUACACGUGGAGCAGAUUGGUCAGCAGGCCCAGAAAUUCCAAGAUCUCAACAAGAAGCUCCGUGAGAAAGAGCAGAGGGUGGAAACCAUUAGCAGAAAGAGCGAAGAGGACGGUCAAAGAAUUCUUAAGCUUCAGUUGGAGCUGGAGCACAAGGCAACUAAGUUUGUGCAAGACCAUGAAGAGAUGAUUGCAAAGCUGGCCGUCCAGGAGACCCAAAACCGACAGCUACAACAGAAGCUGGCUAGCCUUAGUCGACAUCUCGAAGAGCUUGAACAAAGCAACAAGAUUCUGCAGAAGUCUGAGGAGGAGCUGCAGGAGCUGAGGGACAAGAUCAGCAGGGGGGAAUGUGGCAACUCAAGCCUGAUGGCUGAGCUGGAGAACCUGCGCAAGAGGGUCCUGGAGAUGGAAGGCAAAGAUGAAGAGAUCAUGAAGACAGAAUCUCGGUGCAGGGAGCUACAGAGGAGACUGCAGGAUGAGGAGAACAGCAGCAGGGAUCUAAAGCAAGAAGUGGAGAAACUGCAGAAGAGAAUGGCUGAGAUGGAAAAGCUGGAGGUGGUGUUUAAUCGGAACAGAUCGGAAUGUGAGCGGCUGCACGUCACGUUGGAAAAAGAGAAAAGUCUGACAAAAGAGAUGACUAGAGAUCUGGAGACGAUGAAAAACAGAGUCAAGGAACUAGAGUCUUCAGAAUCACGACUUGAAAAGGCCGAAAAUAGUUUAAAGGACGAUCUACAGAAGCUGAAGUCUUUCACCGUGAUACUGGUAGACGAAAGAAAGAAUAUGGCAGAAAGAAUUAAACACAUGGAAAAGAAGAAUGAGGAUUUGAAUAAGAACUUUAAAGCAGAGGAAGCCAAGGUCACUGAGGUUACAGAGAAGCUGAUUGAGGAGAGCAAAAAGCUUCUCAAAUUAAAAUCAGAAAUGGAAGCUAAGGUGACAGACCUCACAAAGGAGAAUGAGGAACUCAAGUGCAAGCUAGCAUGUGAAGAGGAGAAGUGCCAUAAUCUGAGCUCGGAAGCUAUUCGAAUGAGGAAGAGGCUGGACAGCUUAGAGGAAGCCGAUCGGGAAUCUGCUAGAGGCAGGAUCAAGAUAGAGCUUGGAAGACUUGGAAGUGAAGAUAAUAAAGUUAAGGAGCUCACAAUGGAGAUCGAAAGGCUAAAGAAUCGUUUGCAGCAGCUUGAGGUUGUGGAAGGGGAUCUGAUGAAGACUGAGGAUGAGUAUGACUUGCUAGAGAGGAAGUUCAGGACAGAACAAGACAAGACAAAUGUGCUCUCUCAGUUGCUGGAGGAAAUGAAGGCUCAGAUCGCCAGGAACAAAGCCAUUGAGAAGGGAGAGGCCGUGAGUCAGGAAGCAGAGCUGAGACAGCGAUGCAAGAUAGAAGAAGCUAAAACAAGGGACCUUCAGGCCGAUGUCCAAGCUCUCAAGGAGAAGAUUCAUGAGCUCAUGAACAAAGAGGACCAGCUGACUCAGCUUCAGGUAGAAUACUCUGUUCUACAGCAGAGGUUCAUCGAAGAAGAGAACAAAAAGAAAAACAUGAACCAGGAGGUUAUCAACCUCACCAAGGAACUGGAGGUGACCAAGCGGUACAGCCGUGCUCUGCGGCCCAGUGUUAACGGCAGGCGGAUGGUAGAUGUGCCUUUAGCUUCCACAGGGGUUCAGACUGAUGCAGGCACUAGCGAGUCUGCGGAGGAGGACACGGCAGCUGUGUUCAUCAGGAAAUCUGUCCUCGAGGAAAACCACAUCAUGAGCAACCUUCGGCAGAAAGGCCUGAAGAAGCCCGUUCUGGAGCGCUACCCCCCCGCCGCCAGUGAGAUGAACAUCAGUAAAUCAUGGACACCCUGGAUGAGAAAGAAGGACACAGUCAGCCGCGGCAGACAGGAAAAAACAAAUCACAGUAACGAGGAGCCCGAGAUGACCGUGUCCCAGAUGCCAGGACGGCCUCUGCACAUCAAGGUAACGCCGGACCAUGAAAACAGCAGGGCUACGCUGGAGAUCACCGGCCCCCGUGCGGAGGACUUCUUUUCCAGCACAACCAUAAUCCCCACCCUGGGUCUGCAGGCGCCACGGAUCACCAUUGUCCCCACACCCACUAAGGUAUCACCCAGAAACAAUGGCCCUGAGAUUGCAGGGGGACAGGAUGCAGAGCGGACCAAGUCGCCCGUCACGAUCACUGCUAUUUCCAGGGCCAAAUCGCCAGAGAGAGACCAGCCAACUUCAUCACCUCUGUCCCCAGUCUCCAUCAUAACUGUCAGCACCUCCCCCAUUUCUGACUCCACCAGCUCGACGGAGACGCGGGAGCCCUUCACAGGCCGCAAGGUGCUGAAGAUGGCCCCCGAUAAGCAGGGCGCAGCCACACCCACCCGAAAGUACAGCUCCAACGGCAACAUCAUCACCACGGAGGACAACAAAAUCCACAUCCACCUGGCAGCGCCAUUCAAGCGGCUGACGGAGGCUGGACCCUCCAUCACGGUGAGGCCUGUCACCAUGGCAACGGUCAACAAAGAGGUCACGGGUACCGUUCGGCGAUCUCCAAGUCACAGCGUCCCCGUGACUGGAAAGAGCUCCCCCAGCAAGAUCAUGAGCAGCAUCAUCAUCAACCCCAUCGCCUCUGCCCCCUCACGGCCCACACAGUCUGUGCACAGGCAGGACGUGCAGUCACCUCCAUCUGCAUCCACACGCAUCCCUCUUUCGAAAGCAUGCCUGUGUCUAUGCGAGCGCCUUCUGCCUGUGCCUCUGGCAAGCCUGUGCUGUUAUUAACCCUCACCUGUGCUGGGGGUAGGCGCAUACUUAUAUUUACUGAUUCUUUCUGUGUGUGAUGUCUUCCCCAUGACUUCAUGUACAAUCACUGCAUGUACCAGCCCUGCAAAGAAACUGCAGUCAUCAUGUUCAUUAGUACAAUGUGACUAUCUCCCCCCUAAUGAUGGGGCAACAUUUCUAAUAGUGCUUACUAAUAGUAAGAAUACUUAUGGUCUAGAGUGGAACUUCCACAUCUGGAAAAACUCCAGUGCAUACAUUUAUAAUGGCUAUGAAGUUAUAGUAGGGUAGACAUUUUUGUUAAAUACAUAUGUAAAUAAAAGAUUUACAACUAAGCUGUCUGAAAGCCUGUUCAAUACACCUAACAUGAACAGGGCAAUUUACUGUGCCUUAAUAUUUGAUACUGAAUAUUUGAUAAUUACAAAUGAUCAGCUGUAAACUGGAACAGCAUCCUUACAAAUCCAUGCUUGCACGCUUAUGUGCUCGGUUAAAGGCAUGUCCUAAAAGGCAAUUAAGUUAUAAUAAACAUAUAAUGUAUUUUCAUUAUAUCAAAAAACUGAAAAAGUGAAGUUCCAAAGCUCUUCUUGCCUAAGUAUCUCAUAUUUCAGUAUUCAAAUGUGGGCAUUAUUUAGAAUUAUACAAAUUAUAUUUUGUGUGAUUACAAGAGAUGUCUUCUGAAAACUACUUUCUCAUCUUUUCAUUCAGAAAAUAAAGGAGCAAUUUAAUUAAAAGAAUAAGACUAUGUAUAUAUGUAGGAGUUAAAUAUAAUGGCAAUGUUCUGAGUUUUAGGCAAAGUAAAAGAAUUAGAUGAAAUGAAACUGCAUAGGUUUCACAGUGAAGGAUUCCAAAAAUGAGUUUAAAUCUAUUGCAUCUGUAAUUCUGUCUCAAGAGAUUUACCGAAUUUUUAAAAAAUUAUUAUAACUGAAUAUGGAAGAAUACUUUUCUGUCAGAGGGUAACAUUUAUAAAUCAUGGAAAUACAGUAAAAGUUCCCACUGUAAUAAUAUACGGUUACACUGGCCAGUGGAGGUUGUUGCAUAAUAUGCUCUGAUACGGUAGCAAUCAUUUUCUCUCCAUGCUGUCAGACUAUAUAAAUACACGUGUCACCAGUCCAGCCCGUGCCAGUUUCACACGAUUCUGCUCUUCAUUCCAUAGCUCCCCAAAAUCAUGCUAGCAGUAAAUAGAAUAUUGUUUUAGAAGGAAACGUAGGAAGUAACCAAAACAAUGAACAACAACAAAUGGAAAGCGAGCAAUAAACAUUAAAACAUGCAGUAAAUAAUUUGUGACCUGUGAAAUACAAGGCCCAGUUUAGACUUGGUGUCUUGGGCGACUGGAUCGCAAACAGACAGCACUAAUGAAAUCUGAACAAAAGUAAUGAAAUCUGAAAACAGGUAGCCCAAGUAGCUACACAACGUGGAGAUGCUUGGUAAACACAGGUGUAAACGGCGAUGGCUCUCAGCUGCCGAUGUCUGAUCCGAUCUCCCAAGACGCAUUUUAACACCAAGUGUAAACAGGUUCUAAAUGUCUGCGGUGUCAGCUAUACAGCUCCGUCAAGUGGAUUUUUUAACAAUAUACUAGUGAAUACUUUAUGAGAAAGAAUGUUGAAGUUCAUUUUUACACCAUGAUAUUAUGGUUUCUGGGACUCCUAAGCACUAGAUUGUCCGAGUAGAAUGUGAAUGAAGAAACUGGAGUUAAUAGAAACAGCGAUCAUUCACACAGUGAUCAUUCACACAGCGAUCAUUCACACAGCGAUCAUUUAUGUCAGCUGCAGUAAUGUGCAUGGAAAGAGAUAGGUCACACGGUGUCUCCAUAUUUUCCCAUCUAUCCAUUCACACUGCAUACAGUCAUAUUCAUUGAUGUUAUAGAAUAUGAAAAAUAAUGAUGCAUUGUGCAUUUUACCA